AUGGCCGGCACCGGAGCUACACCUUUCUCCCUCGGCAUCUCGCCGUUGAACCCCAGCCGGAACAAAUCUAUCGCCGGAGGGAAGCUCCAACCCAUCGCAAACCCCAAUCUCUCGGUUCUUGCAUCAGCGGCGCCCACAGAAAAGCAGUUGCCGCGGCAGGCAGCUCCAGCAGGCGUCGCCGUUAACGGCGUCUUUCGGCCAAAGCCGUCAGCGGAGACGAAGAACGGGGCGUUGACUUUGAAAGAUUACUUCGAGCAGUCGGUCGAGCUGAUUAGCAGAUCCGACGGCGGACCGCCGCGAUGGUUCUCGCCUUUGAUCGACGGUCAACGGCCAGGAAAAUGUCCUGUCCUGUUCUCUUUGCCUGGGGUUGAUGGAGUUGGACUUGGACUUUUAUUGCACCAUGAGAGGCUUGGCAAGAUUUUUGAUAUAUGGUGCAUGCACAUUCCCUUGGCUGAUCGAACACCAUUCGCAGAACUAGUGAAGCUUGUUGAAAGCACGGUUAGGUCAGAGCAUUCACGUAACCCGAACAGACCAAUAUAUCUCGUGGGUGAAUCUUUUGGAGGAUGCAUUGCGCUUGCUGUCGCUGCACGUAACCCAGAUAUCGACCUCAUACUAAUCUUAGCCAAUCCAGCUACAUCUUUCAGCAAAUCCCAGUUGCAGCUACAAACUCUAUUGCCACUUUCAGCGAUAAUGCCCGAGCAGCUCCUUCAUGGCCUGCCUUAUUUGUUCACUCUACUCACAGGUGCACCACUAAAGAUGGUGGCAGAUGCUACAAGCAAAGGUCUUCCUUUUGAAGAAGUGAUUAGGAAUCUAACUCAGGAGACUAUGGCAAUGUUGUCCAAUCUUUCUGCCAUGUCCGAUUUACUGACUCUGGAAACAAUUCGCUGGAAGCUCGAUUUGCUAAAAUCGGGCUCAUCAUUCGCCAAUUCACGUCUUCAUGCUGUGAAAGCUCAAACUCUAAUACUUGCUAGCGGAGAAGAUCAGUUACUUCCGAGUAAAGAAGAAGCUGAAAGACUUCGUAGGGUGUUGCCAAAAUGCGAGAUCCGUGUGUUCGAUGAUAAAGGUCAUUCCCUCUUCUUGGAAGAUGGAGUGAAUUUGGCGUCAAUCUUAACCGGCACAAGUUUUUACAGGCGCGGGAGAAGACACGAUUAUGUCUCGGAUUACUUGCCACCGACCCCUUCCGAAUUUCAAAAAAUCUACGAGCCACAACGGUGGAUAGAAUCAGUCACUAGCCCCGUACUGCUUUCGACUCUAAAGAGUGGGGAAAUAGUGAGAAGUCUUGGUGGGGUCCCUUCUGAUGGGCCUGUUUUGUAUGUGGGCUACCACAUGAUGCUUGGCCUUGAACUAGUACCUCUUGUGUCCCGUUUUUGGAGGGAAAGGAAUAUUCUUUUACGAGGAAUGGCUCACCCCAUGAUUUUCACCAAGCUACGGGAAGGAAAAUUACCUGCUUUGUCGGCUUACGACACGUUCAGAACAAUGGGAGCAGUUCCAGUAUCAGGACCUAAUUUCUAUAAACUUUUUUCAUCCAAUUCUCAUAUUUUGCUUUAUCCCGGAGGAAUGCGCGAGGCUCUUCAUCGCAAGGGCGAGGAAUACAAAUUGUUCUGGCCUGAACAAUCGGAGUUUGUCAGGAUGGCGGCGAAAUUCGGAGCCAAAAUCGUGCCAUUUGGUUCUGUUGGAGAAGAUGACAUCGGUCAUUUACUUCUCGACUAUGAUGAGCUGAUGAGGAUUCCGUAUUUCAAGCAUGAAAUUAAAGAUCUAACAGAUGAGGCAGUCAAGUUGAGGAGUGAAGCUGUGGGAGAGGUUGCGAAUCAAGAUGUUCACCUUCCAAUAAUUAUGCCUAAAGUUCCGGGCCGAUUUUAUUACUUAUUCGGGAAGCCUAUAGAAACACAAGGGAGGGAAGAGGAAUUGAAAUGCAGAGAAAAAGGUCAUGAGUUGUAUUUACAAGUGAAGUCUGAGGUUGAAAAAUGUCUUGCUUAUUUGAAGGAGAAGAGAGAGAAUGAUCCGUACCGGAAUAUAUUUGCUCGUUUGAGUUAUCAGGUGGCUCAUGGCUUUGACUCUGAGGUACCUACUUUCGACUUUAGAAAAGCUCGAUGA